CAGGUAACCGACGCUCAAGAUAGCGGGCCCACGCAGACGACCCCCUCCGGGCCUCCUCUUCGGCGGGAUACCGGACGAAAAUUCUGAUGAGUCUGUCGCAUUCGGUCACGCGCGGGGAGAGGAACACCGGAGGACAAGGAGAGCGGAGGUAGACAUCAUGCCCGGCUGGAUCGCCUUCAUCCCUAUCCUCUUAGUGUAUGGUUCUGUCGUCCUCACGUGGUUCCUCAAGAAGUUCCUCCGCACUAAUCCCGAGGCCCAGGUACAGUCGGAGGAGCAGGUUCGUCAGCAGCAGACAGUGGACGAAGAACACAAGGAGAAGACCGAAUAACUGAAUUAUAUGCUGGGCUCUUGGAUGAAUAGGAGUCUUAUCAAUUAGCAACGCUUGAGACGACGAUAAGAAAAUAAUAACGUCUUUAUAUAUGCGCUUGUGUAGGUUCAGGUUACACACGACUUCGAAAUGUUCCGGAAAUAGCAGUUCCUUAAGAGACACUUCUUAACUGUAAUUCUUAAUCAGUGAUAAAGGUCACGGAAGGAAUCCGGAAUAGAGUUUGGAGCUUUUAGUCGAUACUUUUCUCCACCGCCAUUUAAAACUUUUGGUGAUUGUGAAUAAGUGAUGGAAGCCUCCUAUUAAAUUCUAAGGAUUAAAAGAAAAACGAAACGUAAAAAGUUCAUCGGAGAUUAAGUGAACCUGAGCAAGGCAGAAAUAAAAUUCGAGGAGAUUUAUUUCUAUCCAAAGAUGUCUUCAGACGGCGAGCAGAAGCUACUCGAUGCGUUUGAUAUAAGGGUGGAACAGCUAGACUACGGUUUCCUGACGGAGUGCGAGGAUGGUAAGACAAUCGAGCGGAUAAUUCGAAUCUUAAGGUCUGGAGAAGAAGGGUUGUAUCCUGACCUCCUCAAGUUCGCAGAGGAGAGGCUGGCUGAGGUGAAUCCCGAAAGCCGGAUGCUGUUGGAAGACCAGCCGGCAGUUCGCAUUCAGGAUCUCCCGCCAGACCUUUUGCAAAGCUUGGAGGCCGACAUGGAGGCUUGGUCAGCUAAGGUCAAAGCAGAGGAGGAUGAUCUGACCAGCCUGGAGGUCAUCCGAGGUCCGCUGCCCCCUGUGCGCGGGUCAACUAGAGCAGGUUCCGCGCCACCCAGGCUCUCCUCGGAGGAAAUACAGCGACUCCUUCAAGAGGCUCAGAAUUAUCUCCAAGACGACGACAUCUUCCAGGCGUCCGUCCGUUACCAGAAGGUUCUCGAAUGCGAGCCUGGCCACCCCGGAGCACUCCAAGGCAUGGCGAAGGUACACGGCCACCAAGGCUUGAAUAGGAGGUUGUCAGACGGUGGUGGUUGUGGUCGUAGCAGCGGGGUCGUGCAGGAGGUCUAGUGACUACCCUGAUAUAAAGCCAUCCGUCGUGUUACGAGCCAGAAAGAUGCCUGUCAAAUUCGGUGGUCAGCCGGAGAGGUUCCAAAAAAAGGAAAAUUGUUCUCCACUUCGUUUGCAACUCAUCUGCAUCCUCCACAUAAAGGGUCAACACUCAUGUAUUGUGCAAUACAACCCAGAUGUACACAUACGCCACAACUUUUAUUGCAACUAUCUGACCACUUGAGAUGAUUAAUAUUACGUCUGUUCUGCUCAAACGCUCUCUUACUAUUGAUAGAGUCUUUAGAUAAGAUAAGAAAACAUACUGUGCAAUUAAAUGCAUUUCAUACACCAUUCACAAGUAUAUCGGUGUAUAAGUAAAA